ACUCUUGGUCUCCAGUCCCUUCUUCCUCUCCUCCCUGGCCUGACCUGGUCUCUCCAGAGAGGGCUGCUCGGGAUGCACAGGACAAAUCCUCCCUCGCAUUUCUCCUCUGAAAACAGGUUUUGGUGUGCCAGUUUGCCACACAAGAAAAUAUUGUGAUUCCAGAGGAAGUUACCAGCACCUUUGGGGAAUCUCAGAGCUUUCCUCAUGGCCGAUAAGAACGGAGCCCUCAAGUGCACCUUCUCAGCGCCCAGCCAUAGCACCAGCCUCCUACAGGGCCUGGCCACACUUCGCUCACAGGGCCAGCUCCUGGACGUCGUGCUCACAGUCAACAGAGAGACCUUCCAUGCGCACAAGGUGGUCCUGGCUGCCUGCAGUGACUACUUCAGGGCCAUGUUCACAGGUGGCAUGAGGGAGGCGAGCCAGGAUGUCAUUGAGCUGAAGGGCUUGUCAGCACGUGGCCUGCGGCAUAUCAUUGACUUUGCCUACAGCGCCGAGGUGACACUGGACCUGGACUGUGUGCAGGACGUGCUGGGUGCAGCUGUGUUCCUGCAGAUGCUGCCAGUGGUGGAGCUGUGCGAGGAGUUCCUCAAGGCCGCCAUGAGUGUGGAGACCUGCCUGCACAUCGGCCACAUGGCCACCACCUUCAGCCUGGCCUCACUCAAAGAGUCUGUGGAUGCCUUCACCUUCCAGCACUUCUUGCAGAUUGCUGCUGAGGAGGACUUCCUGCAGCUGCCUCUGGAGCGCCUUGUCUUCUUCCUGCAGAGCAACCGGCUACAGAGCUGCGCUGAGAUUGACCUGUUCCGUGCUGCUGUCCGCUGGCUGCAGCACGAUCCUGCCCGGCGGCCCCGUGCCAGCCACGUGCUCUGCCAUAUCCGUUUCCCACUCAUGCACUCAUCUGACCUCGUGGACAGUGUGCAGACACUGGACCUCAUGGUGGAGGACGUGCUGUGCCGUCAGUACCUGCUAGAAGCCUUCAACUACCAGGUGCUGCCCUUUCGGCAGCAUGAGAUGCAGUCCCCACGCACAGUUGUGCGCUCCGAUGUGCCCUCUCUGGUGGCUUUUGGUGGCACACCCUACACUGACAGUGACCAUGCUGUCAGCAGCAAAGUAUACCAGCUGCCUGAGCCAGGAGCCCGCCACUUCUGCGAGCUUACAGAAAUGGAGGUGGGAUGCAGCCACACAUGCGUGGCUGUGCUGGACAACUUUGUGUAUGUGGCUGGGGGUCAGCAACUACAGUACCGCAGCGGUGAGGGUGCAGUGGAUACCUGCUACCGCUAUGACCCGCACCUGAACCAGUGGCUGCGUCUGCAAGCCAUGCAGGAGAGCCGCAUCCAGUUCCAGCUGAACGCACUGUGUGGCAUGGUCUAUGCCACAGGUGGCCGCAACCGAACUGGCAGCCUGGCCUCAGUUGAAAGAUACUGCCCUAGGCGCAAUGAAUGGGGCUAUGCCUGCUCACUGAAGCGCCGCACCUGGGGCCAUGCAGGUGCCUCAUCUGGGGGCCGCCUGUACAUCUCAGGUGGCUAUGGCAUCUCGGUAGAGGACAAAAAGGCACUGCACUGCUAUGAUCCUGCAGCUGACCAGUGGGAGUUCAAGGCACCCAUGAGUGAGCCCCGAGUGCUGCAUGCUAUGGUUGGUGCUGGUGGCCGCAUCUAUGCCCUGGGUGGCCGCAUGGACCAUGUGGACCGCUGCUUUGAUGUGCUGGCUGUGGAGUACUAUGUGCCCGAGACCGACCAGUGGACCAGUGUGAGCCCAAUGAGGGCUGGCCAGUCGGAGGCCGGCUGCUGCCUGUUGGACAGGAAAAUCUAUGUUGUUGGGGGCUAUAAUUGGCGCCUCAACAAUGUGACAGGCAUUGUGCAGGUGUAUAACACCGAGACGGACGAGUGGGAGCGUGACCUGCACUUCCCUGAGUCCUUUGCAGGCAUCGCCUGUGCCUCGGUCCUACUGCCUCGUGCUGGGAGCAGGAGGUAGCUCCUAGGACGCCCCCUCCUGCCAUGACCUGGCUGCAUGCUGUUCUUGCCAGAGGCUUGGUGAGCACAUGUCCUGUGGAGAACCUCAUCACCCUCACCCCAAACCUUUGACUGCCCGCCCCAGCCCUAGCUGGCCGUAUAGGCCCUCUGUGUUGAUAAGCCUUCUUCCUAGGGUUCUUCCUUUCCAAAGCAGAUCUUGGCUCUGCGCCUGCCCAGGGAGCCUGCCAAUGAGGAGGUUGACAUGUUAUGGCAGAAAACUUGAGCCUGAGGCAGUUUUCUCAUCUGCACAGGGUCCUCAUUCAGGGGCGGGAAUCGGGAGUCAGGCGUGUUGCUGUGCCCCGCUUCUCUCCCAUCCCUCAGCCCAGCAGUCUCAUACAUUCAGAUGAGGGCUCAUUAGUGUCAUUCCAAAUUCAUGGUACGCCACUCUCCUCCUCCCAAGUUUCUCUCGCUUCUGUGUUUUAAAAUAACUGCACCCCACAUCUCUGUCAUUUGGACCCUUUGGAGCAGGAGGGGCUUGGAAGCACCCAGCUCUGAGUGAUGACCAAGGGUCGUUCUGUCUUCCGAAUGAGCCCGAGCUGUUGAGUGUGAGGGGGGGCCAUAGGGAGGGUUCGGCAAUUGCCCCUACUCCUGUCCUUGGUCUGAGACCCUCAGGGUGUUUGUUCAUUUGCUUUCAGAAGGAAAAACCACAGCCAGCUCUUGGAGAUGGUUUUUAUAGGUUCAGGCCUCCCACUGGGCUCUGAGCCAUAUGGAGGGCCCUAAGGAGAAUUGGGCUAAUGUCCCUGCCCCACAGAUGAAGGAGGAUGUUGCUUUAGAAUCUCAGUACGUCUGUAUUCCACAGGUCUGUUCAAGGAUUUUUAUUUCAUUCACUCUCCAGCCUGGUACUCCCCCCCCAGUCCUGUGUUCAGGUCCAAGUGCCACCUGGCCCAAGGCUACCAGUACAGGAAGUCAGGCAGAUGGGAACACAGCAUUUCUGGCUACAUUUGUUUUGGUCUCUAAACCUUUUUUUCUGUUGCUCCAUUUUGCUGGGGGUUUUUUUGCUUUUUUUUUUUUUAAAGAGGCCAGCACCGCUGUCUUAUAAAUGGGGUUUGUACCCUUGGGGCAACUUAAAGUGUCUCUCUGCUGCUAACAGACGAUUGAUGUCAUGUCUCUGUGACCCACUCGCUGUGUAAAGAAUUAACCUCAUACCUUAGCAGACGUCGUCUCCUAAUAUUUUCCUUGUAUUUAAUAAAAAUGUUAUGGUGAAAGCUGGAGCAGGCCCAGCGCUGAGCUUGUGGAGCCUGAUAGGUCACAGAUUCCUCCUGUCCUCUGGGCAUGUGGGGGCCCCUCUCCCAGUUCACCGUUUCCCAUCCUUGCAGAAGAGCUGGAAGGGGGGGGGCCAGUCUUUAGCUCGGGGGUGUGAAUGAGGGCAAUGGGAAGUGGAGCUGGCACUAUUAUUCAGCACUGGUAAGACAGGUAGCAAACCCAGUGGCUCCCAGCAACUCUCAAGGCUAUUCCAUGUGCCUGGUGGUUCAGCCCCCCUGCCACCAGCCAACUCCCAGCCUUAGCAGGUUCUGUCUCCAUAUACUCAGGCCCGGGGUGCAAGAUCAUGUGGCUGUGGAGCCCAUCUACCCAGAGACUACAAUGCAGAAAAGAAAGGGCAGGCCUGAACGAAGCAUGAAGUCACUGACCACUGUGGCUCAGUUGGGUGGAUGUUGUCCCACAAAGUGAAAGGCUGCCAAUUGGAUUCCCAGUCGAGGCACAUGCCUGGCCUGUGGGUUUGGUCUCCAGUUGGGUUGGGGCCUGUAUGAGAAGCAACUGGUCGAUGUUUCUCUCCCUCUGUUUCUCCCUCCCUGCCCCUCUCUCUAAAAAUAAAUAAAUAAAUAAAUAAAUAAAUAAAUAAAUAAAUAAAUAAAUAAAUAUUUUUUAAGAAAGAAAGCAUGAAGUUAUCAUGCUUCCAUAGGGCCUAAGAACUCCAUGAGUUGCCCUCAGUCCCUGCUUUUGUGGUAGCCUCACUGUCAACCAGGCUUCACAUUAGUGGACAAUGCCUGCUGUUCAUGUAUAGCCUUCUGAGAGGGGAGGCUUCUAGGUCACCCUGAAAAGAUACCAUAGGCCUCGUGCUCCUGUCCAGCAGCCAUAGGGCCCCUGGGGUGAGGCUGAGUGGGGAGGCAGUGUUGAAAUAAGAAUUUGGUUGGGAAUGAGGAAGGAGCCCACACUGCCAGGGGCAUUGAAAGGAAAGCAGUGGCCCUUGGGGUCUCACCAGAACAUCUCAACCCCUUCUCACUGCCCUAACCUGAGCUCCCCCAAGAGACCCCUUUUUUGCUGGAGGCACAGCCCCUUCAGGGGGGCAGUGAGAAGCCUUUGCCAGCUGCAAGUUCCCCCAGAUCAGCUCACACCUCAGAACAUCUUGUCCCCAAUGAGCUGGCAGGGGUGCCGGCACAGAGUGGAGGGGGCGCUGCUGUAUCUAACUGGUUGAUUGUGCGUAACCGUCUGGGCUGGUCCAUGGAAUGUUCUCAGGGGCCCCCUAUCCCUCCUUCUCCACCCACCCCCCUGGAAGAAAGGAAAAUUAUUUUUUGUAUUGUAAACUUUAAACACGAAAAAGCUGUUUUUAAUUUAGCAGAAACUGGCUUGAAACUUUACUUUGUGAACAUUUGUGUCCUUCAGAGAAAGGCAAAACAUGUGUACACAUACACAUAGAGGCUUGCACACACAAACACACAUGCUCACACUCAGGCAUACCUGCACACAUGUGCUUGUUCAUCCACAGCUGAACAAAUAGCUCACACACGCUUCCCUGGCCCAGUCUGGCCAUUUCUGUGUGGUACCCUGAAGGGGUCUGCAGCUCAUCACCUUAUCACUUCCCUUCACCUUUCACCCAGGACAGCAUCCACUGUGCAUGGGGACCGAGCUUGAGGAAAGCCCGUCUCCUUCCAGAUGGCCUUCUUCCCCACUGAGGCCCCGGACUCCGCUGCUGGAGCCUCCCUCUGCACCUGGGCCGGGGCUGUGGGAAAACUCUGUCUCUGGGGACAGUGGGAUGCAGGCUCGUGAGAGGGAGGCCAAGUGUGACUUCUGGGGCCUCGCAGCAAGUAAGGGCCAAAGGGGCCUUGGGGGAGCUGUGUGAGGUGGGAAUCUGCCCUGGACCUGACCAGUUUGGAAAUCUGCCUCUGGCUUUGUAUCCUGGAAUGCAGCUACAGCUCCUCUGUUCUCACGGGCCCUGGAGAUUUCACUUCUCAUGGUGGAGUCUCCGAGCAUGGGUUUUAUUAGGGGCACCUGGCUGUGUGUCCCGGGGCACUGCCAGAAAUGUUUAUUGCACAAAUGAGAGGUUGGGUGGGAAGGUGGGAGCAGAGCCUCAUCCACUCUAAGCAUUUGUGGGUGCUAUCUGUGGACCCCCAAGGGCAGGUGGUCCAUGAGUCCAUGCUCCUCCACAACUAGACCCCAGCCCAAUUCUUGUGGCUGACUCUGCUGUGGUCAGCCUGGCAGCCAUUUCUCCUUCCUCACCCACAGAGCCCUGAUUUGGUGCCAGCAGCAGUGUGCCCAGCCUCGGGUGGGGGUUAAUUUAGGAUUUGGCCCAGAUUUUCUUGGUAAUGCCUUUUGCAGGGGUUGUUUUCAAUCUGGGCGAACUUCCCAGCUUUGGGCAGUAAGCUUUAAGGGAAGGUCUGGGGUGGGAGUUUCUGGUCACGGGAGAAGCUUUAUUGCCCUCUUCCAACCCUUAAUGCUUCCUAUAAGGACAUAGGAUGCCAGGAACUUUUGCAGCCAUCUUGUGGCCAUGAGGAGCAUUAAGAGAGGCACAGAGAUGCCACCUCCCAGAACCCUGAAAUCAUGAGGCCACCAGUCCCACCCUGGAAACUCUGAUCUCCAGCUUCCUUUUUAUGAGAAAUCACAAUGUCUGUGGUACUUGUUAUACUUAGUAUCUUAAGAUACUAGUGGUCAGCUAUUCUGAUAUUUUCAACCCAGACACUUACAAAAUUAUAAUACAAAGGUAACAGAUGCUGGGGUUCCCAAUCUUACCAUAAGUCAGGGUUGGGUUUUUUGUUGUUGUUGUAUUGUUUUUGCAAACCGCAGAAACUGAUCUGGCCAACCAAUAGCAAAAAUAUGCAUUGGAGGGCUGCUGGAUUGCUCAUAGAAGUGGCAAGAAGGUGGGAAAACCAGGCUCAGAAAAUAGUAAGAAUCAAGGUGGCUGGGCAGCUGGGGUGAUCAGCUGAAGGCGACUGAUUGCUGAGGAUGCUUGUACCAUCACCACAGAAUCCAGAUAUCUCAACUGGCAAUGCCAUCUGUCCCUGGCACUCAGCCAUAGCCACCCCUGGAAACUGGAUGCUCCUGCCCUGAUUGUAUUUCUUUGUGUCACUUGCUCCUCAGUGGAAACAUCCUAUUGGCCUACCCCAUGUCCUGUGCCAACCUAGCUGCCUGCGUCCCCAGAAAAGUGAGUACACGAGUGUGCUAGUCAGCCGCUGCCACCUUGUAACAACCCAAAUCUCAGU